GCUCUGCAGCACUGAGGACAAGUGGGCCGAUGCUAAGCCAACACAGAACCAAGUCUGGACUCCUGCAGCGUGAGUAAAGCAAAUGGACAAAUGUGUGUUGUGUUCAACUUACAAAUGGGCAAUUGUCUCGUUUUAGAUUCUUAAUCUUAAAAGCUGCGCAAAAAAUCUCACUGCGUCAUUGUGUGGAUUACUGUGUUUUUGUAGCUGAGAGAAAAGAGAUGAAACUUUUAACAAACAGUUAAAGUACUUUUUUUAGAAAUAGUGUUGAAGCAUAUGAUGUGACCUGCAUUGACCUGGAAAUGAAAAGCAAAUCUUCUAUAAGUCACUUUCCAGUUGUUACUGCAGGCUACAAAGUAGAAAUGAGUGAUUGAACAAUCUGCACUGCACGAAAAAGCAUUAAAAAGUCAGUGUGGGCUGUGAACAACUUAAUGACAUGCUAAACAGGGUAAAUGAUCUUUUGUGAAUCAAACAAAUACACACCCCCGGGUCCUCAGCAUGUUAGUGAAACCAGCCUCUAACAGUGAUGACUAAUGCACUCAAUCUGAAAUCAAGAGUUUUUUUUUUCAUUAACAAAUGGGCUCUGGUUGGAAUCUUUGACUGGAGGUUUCCACAACGUACCCCUUUAGUCCCGGUACCGUUAAAUCCAGCACUUAUAUACAGGAGCAAACAGUAGCAGAUAAGUGACAAAUGAGUAAGUACAACAACAGGUAAACUGAACUAAACUAAAUACCAUGUUUCACACAAUGUCACCACCUGUUCUAAUAUGAAGUAUUGGCACUGGACUGGAGAAUUAUUUCUAUAUCAAAUCUGUGUUUUUAAAACAUGCAUGUCCAGUCUCCAGAUGAUUUACUUUAAACAGAAAUCAAUAUUCCGUAACUAUCUUCAUGCAGAUAACUCUUUUUCAGUCUUUUCUGUUUUACAUUACAACAUUAGCCGUAAAGGGGCAGCACUUACUUGUCCAUAUUAGGAAUCAUGAAAGCCUAUAUGAUCAGAGGAGAAGCUGUCCACGCAGCGACCAAUAACUGAUCUUCACAGUACAAAGCUCCGCAGCCUCUUUUCAUGUCACUUUCAUUGAGUGGAGGGCCACGCUGCGAGCGCUAUAAAGUGGCUGGGUCCAUUCAAGGGACUAAAGAGGACAAAGCUGAGCUCGCUGCCACAGACUCACAACCAAAAUAGGAAUGAAGCAGAGGGGAGGGAGGGCGUACGAGCAGGACAGGCAGAGAGAGAGAGAGAGAGAGAGAGAGAGAUUUCAAAUUCACCUGCACAUAUAAACCAACAGCUUGUCUCAUGUCCUCAGUGUCAGUAUGAGGACAAGAUGAGGAUGCUUGAUUUAUCAGCAGGUUAGUCACUGAGAUAGAAGUUGUUUCUGGGACGUUGCUCUGCACCUGUUUAAGACUUCACGAAGUGGGAAUUCACAGCUGACGCCAUGGAUGAAGUGUGGAGGUCUGCCUGUGGCUCCCAGGGAGCUCUGCAGUAGGAUGCACAUCUGUGUCUCCACCUGGAUGCUCCCACCGAUGACGUCCCACCUCUGUUUCCUCAUCCUGUCCAGCCUGGUCUCGUUCCAACUGGGUUUGGAGGACGUUUUCUUCAGCCCCCAGGACCAGACGGUCACAGAGGGAGAAGGGGUUUUCCUCCAGUGUGUGUCUGGGGAAAGUUCAUCUCCUGCAAGCAUCUCCUGGUUCAAAGAUGGACAGACGGUCACAAGAGGCAGACAGAUCCAGGGUGAGUAUGGUGGUGGCACCCAGAAGAAAACCUCAGGGACUCUGCAUCUGUUCAAUGUGACAUUGGAAGACGAUGGAUUUUACAUCUGCGUGACACACAAUCCUUUACUAAACAUCACCAAGAAAAGCCAGCGGGCUAAGCUAACAGUGCACGGGGUUCCCAGGCAGCUCCAGAUCCAGCAGGGCCCUAACAACAUCACCGUUGCCGCGGGAACAGAGGUCUCCAUGAACUGCACUGUUGUCGGCUUCCCUGUUCCCAUGGUGCACUGGUUCAAAGACGGCUGCCUCCUGACAAACUGCUCGGUCUCGUUCACUCUGCAGAACAAUGGGCAGCUGCUCAUAUUCAGAAACCUGAGCAAGGAUCACGAGGGCCUUUAUCACUGUGAAGCAUCCAACCUGAAAAAGACAAUCAAGUCCCCAACAGCCUUCUUAACUCUAGCCGAGAUGGACUGGAGGUUCAUUCAACAGCCCACAGACCUGACAGUGAAGCGAGGAGACAGCGCCCGGGUCGCCUGCAGGCCUCCGUACAGCCGCCCUGCAGCCCAGGUGUCCUGGUUCAAAGACAACCAGCUGCUCCCUCGCACCCCCGGUGUGACGGUGCUGCCCGGUGGAGACCUGUUCUUUCACAGUGUGCAGGAGAACGACAGUGGGAGCUACUUCUGCAGGGCCUCCAACAUUCCCCUUCAGAGGUUCCUCUCCUCCAGAAGAGCAACACUAACCGUGCUGGCCCCUCCCUCGGUGACUCUGUGGCCCCUGCUGGUCACGGUGCCUGUCGGGGCCCAGGUGGAGCUGGAAUGCCGGGUGUCAGGUCACCCUCUGCCCUCCAUCAGCUGGAUCAAGAGAGGCCAGUCCAAGCAGACUGGAGGAAAGGUCACUACGGGGCUGAGAAACGCGACUCUGCACAUCCAGUCGGUCAGGAGUUACGACGAGGGAGCGUAUGUGUGUGAGGCGUCCAACCCACUGGGCCGGAGCCGCAGCACGGCCACGCUCAGAGUCGCUGUGAGCCCCAUCAUAGAGACGCUGGCUGCUCAGGUGAGCUGCAGGAUCGGAGCUUCAGUGGUGCUGCCCUGCAGGGCUGUGGGGAUUCUGCCCAUCACAUACACCUGGAGCAGAGCAGAGACGCCCUCCACCACCACUGCUUCUGACAGGAUGCACACGGAUGAUGGAGCUUUGCAUAUUUCCAGUGUGCAGUUGUCUCAUGCAGGAGAGUAUUACUGCACCGCUGAGAACCGAGCAGGACGACAGCAGAGACGCACCGUCCUCACUGUCACAGCUGAUGGAGACGAGCAGACGGGAGCGUUUUUGUCUGCUAAAUCCAAGUCGAGUGACUCUCGAGCCGAGAGGCAGAUUAUGGCGACACACGCCCCAUCACCACAUGUAGAGGCUCAGCAUAAUAAGGCUGCAUGUUUUUCUUCACACUGUGAUGCUACGACAAUCAUUUCCACCACUUCUGCAGGUCUGAGGAGACCAUUGGCUGAGUUAAAGAUGCAGACACAACACCAACCAGACUCACCAACACACAGUCCAGACCAGCCUCUGGUCACACAGAUGCAGCCUCCUAUGUUGCCUCCUCCUCCGCAUCCAAACUUCCAGUCAGUGGACGUCGACAGACAGCUGCCGGUCACCAUUUCUCCAUCACCAACAGCACCCAGCCAGACAUCUGUCGUCCACAGUGACGGUGUGAAUGCGCUCCAGUAUCUAAGCAGUGACAGUCAGUCCCCUUCCACAGUCACAUCACCACAAGUUCAGCAUGGAGUUAUUGACAAGUUACUGAUACAGUCUGAUUCUGAUGGUUCUAACGUCACUGUUAAUAAUUUAACCCAAACUGAGAUGAGUCGUUCUGGUCCAGUUACACAGCUGAAUCCAUCUCAAACUCAGUCCCACCAGCUGCUUACAGAAGGUCACUUUCAUGAUUCCCACCGCGAGCCGACACCGACUCCGAGUGUCCAGAAACCCCAUCAGCAGCUCUCAGCAGACGUCUCAGUAACACCCAAGGUUUAUCCCCAUCGACCCGUCACCUCGGGAUUUUCACCCAAGUUCCACCUUGAGCUAUCAGUAACCCAGCAAUAUUUCCCUUCCACACAACGCUCCCCCCUCACCGAGCCUCAGUUACCCCCUGUUCAACCUUCAACCAGGCCUACGCCUCCUCAAACCCAGUCUCAGUCACCUCCAACGCAACAGCCACAACGUUCAACGCUGCCCUCGAAGAUUCCUGUCAACGUGUUUCCAUUAAACGCUACCCAGCUGGACGCCACAGUAGAGUCAUCUAAACCCACCAAUGACUCUGAGGUGACGGAGUGGCAGAAGAGGAACACCUCCCAGUCUCCGAUGACGAGCAACGACCCAAGAGUAACGCAGCAGUCUCCAUCGUGGCUGCCUGUAAUGGCGAAGCACGACAUCCCCAUCGUGGUGGGGGUGGGGGUGUCUUUGGCCUUCAUCUUCAUCACCGUCACCUUCUACUCAGUGGUCCAGAAGAAUGACCCGGUGCCAACCAGCCGAGCAGUUCAGAGGAACCUCGGUGUGCCUGUACGAAACGCUGAGCGUCGAACUGCGGGAAGAACAUACGAGAACAGGGCCUUUGAAGACGACGACUGCGUGGCUGUGAUCGAGCAGAGCCCCAACACGGCGGACACGCGGGCCCGGCCUCCGGGUCCCAGCCGGGUCACCGUGCAGAUGGAGCCCACGUCUGAGGACGCUGAGGACGAGCCGGCUCUGGACAAGCACUCCGUCACCGUGGAGACGUAUCCUGAGCCCAUUCUCGACACAAAGAUUGAUUCUUCUCUGGAAGAAGAGAAAGGCUGCAGCCCGUCUCAGCCGAGCAUCCAGCUGCAGUGCGCUGAGGACUGGACCAGUACCAGAGACGACCACAGCCCCUGCCAGGACGCCCUGCCUCCCCCGUCGUCCUUGCCCUCCCGCUCGCCCUCCCCCUCUCCGCCCUUCGGACGCCUGGAGGGCCUGCGCUCCUCGCUGACCCUGCGCGGCACCGAGCCGUGCGCGGCGCCCAUCCACCACAGCCUCAGCGUCUCUCAUGGCAACCCUCCCCUGCUCCUGUCGCACCACGUCUCGCUGGGACUCACUACGGUGGCGGUGGACGUCCAUCUUUACCCAGCGUCCACCGCUUCGAUGGCGGUAGCCACUGGCAGCCGUCUGAGUUCAGUGUCCAGUUCCACCACAGUGACUGCGCCUCUGUUCAGCCCCCCGUUAGUUAACAGUCAGGAAAACGAAUCAUCUGCCAGAAUGAAUCAGUGUAAGUAGCUGCAGCACAAGGUUCAGUCCAAGACGUCUCUUUGUUCAUGUGUAGCUUUUAGCUUCAGCGCAGCGUUUUCUGUGUCACUGCUUGGAUCAGGUUUUGCUACAUUUUUUAAUUACUAUGAAUUUAAAUUGCUUCAAGUCUUUCUCUUGUCAAAACAUGAAUGAGAACAAGGACGAGUGUACCAGCAUUUAACCCACAUUAGUGCUUCGUUCCUGUGGUAGCUGUGCUUUGAUACUGUAAGAAAACAGUUUGCAGGAAACAUCUGAACAGUUGAUGUGUAGAAGAGUCACAUUUUUACAUGUAUGAUGUAAUCUGAUACUUACAAAUACUCAUUUUUAGCAAGAGAGCCAAGGAUUCAUUACUUUGACAAUAUUGCAAUUUUGGCGAGGAACUGUAGAGUUUGGUUGAGUGACCGGUUCACACUUCUACACUGAGCUAUUUGACUGUUACACCGUUCAAUAACCAAAGCAAACUGACCACAGACAUGAUUUAACGUGUGAGACGUGACCCUGUGACCUGUGUUGAUUUGAGAUUACGCUCUAUGUUCUAUUGAAUCUAAUGAUGAACUUAACUUCUGUAUAGAAUAAAGUGUCUCUGUACUGAUCCAAA